AAUAGGAAGGUGACCGCCUGAGUGAUGAAGACCUGUAUAAGUUUCUUGCGGAUAUGAGAAGGCCAUCUUCUGUUCUACGGAGGUUGAGGCCUAUCACAGGUAUUUUGGUGAUCUUUCUGAGAAGGCUGAGGCCUUUUUUUAGUUUAGUAGCCACUGAUACCUUGAAUGGCUUCAAUUUUGUUUCUGUAUCUGUUUAAGUAUUUUGUUCUUCAGUAAGAGUACUGUAUGUGGGUCCAGUAAACCAUUUUAUAACACAUGAGUAGCUUCCAUGAGAUUCAAACAUUGGACAGAGAACUAAUUCCUUAUUUUUCCAUAGCUUAUCAGUGCUGAACUAGAAAAGUAAUAUUACAAAUUAAUCUUGUUUUCUCCCACUAUUCCUCUGAAACUGUUGUUUAUGUGGCUGGCUCCCUUGGUUUUUUUGGAUCUGAACGACUCAGAUUUCGGCCCCCAGGAGGAACAAAGUCUGAGAGGCCUUAUGAGUCAUUCUUGAUAGCAGCAAUUAUUUUUCCAACAAUGCCUUAAGCAAGUAAAACCUCUUCUGGAGAUUGACAACCCUAACCUUCCAGUAUAUUAUUUGCUGUUGCGCCAAAUUCCUUCUUUUGGAAAAGAAUUGUAAAUAUUUACUUUCUUGCCUUUUGACUAUUAAACUCAAAUAGGUAUUACAAGUAAAGCCCCCAAACUGAUCAGAUCUUAAAACAAUUUUACUAACCUUUUGACACAAGGCUGGAAAGUUGUUUCUCCUCUUCUUUCUGACUUAGCACCUGGCCGUGGCAGGCUGGCAGAUAGACCAGUGAUCAGACAGGCUGCCAGUGGACUGGUGAUCAGACUCAAGAUAAGGCAGCUACCUAUGUUCCUAUUAAAACAUACAUGAGCAAGUGGUCUUUCAGAAAGCGAAACUCUUACUUUUUUUAAUGCAGAACAAGAAAAUAUUUAAUGGCACGCUUUUAAAAUAUAUAAAUAAAAAGAAGGGUGUUAAACAUUAUUUUCUUGUUUUCCAAAGCAGUAGCUCUACUUACUAACUAGAAGCAUAUUUUUAAGUGAUUAAGCAGCAACAUUGUUAUGUUAACACUACACACACAAACGAUAACACUAUAUCACUAUAUUAUCCCAACACUGCUACUAUAUCAUGAUGCCUGCCUACCUAUGCAAAGCAACAUUAGAACUUGGUGGCUAAAAGGGGGGAAAGGACCAUAUUUUGUAAAGUUUUCCUGAUUCACCACCUGGUGAUGAUUGUUAUUCAUCAUGGGCAGCCAGGCAAAUGGUUGCUUACCAGAUUGGUUAUACUGCUAAUUUUUCUUCAUAGCUCAAUUGAAGAUAGACAUUUCUCCAGCCCCAGAAAACCCACAUUACUGUCUAACGCCAGAGUUGCUGCAAGUCAAACUUUACCCUGAUAGCAGAGUACGACCAACAAGAGAGAUCCUGGAGUUUCCUGCAAGGGAUGUUUAUAUUCCAAAUACAACAUACAGGUAAGAGUGGAAUUUAGAUUUUAAUUAGUUCACACAGUGCAUGGUGCUCUCUUUCAUCCAGAUGCAGUGAUUGAGGCAGAUCACACAGAGAUUGAUGAGUCUGUUCAGGAUAAUCACACUUUCAGUAAUCAGGUAAUUGCUCAGAGAACAAAGAGUCUUCAGGGGAAGCUUUUUAAUUUCUCGUUUAGUAAAUCCACAAUAGCCUGUAUCCUCUGGAUUUUGUUUUCAUAUUUCUGGAAGCUGAUUAGAGUCACCAGUUCUUAGUUUAGUGCAUAUUCAGAGGAUUACAUAAGAUAUACUAGUUGGUUGUUAUCCUGUUGUUCAUACAAUCCGGUAAAAAAUAAAAUAAAUGUCGAUGCCCUAAGUCUUUCAAUUCCUAUUUCUAGG